AUGGGAAAACUGACACCUACUCAAUCGCGUCCGCAGUCACGACGUGUGUUUGUUCAUAAGGAUCUGGCCCACUGCACUCACGUCUGGGUUCGAUUCGAUGGUGUCCGAAAACCUCUUCACCCGCCCUACGAUGGUCCCUCCAAAGUGGUCCGUCGUGAAUCUAAGUUCUUUAUUAUCGAUCGCAAUGGUAAAAGGGAUAGCGUUUCCCUGGAUCGACUGAAACCUGCCUAUCCAGAUCCCCUUUGCGACUCUUAA